GUCGGGAAAAAUAAGUUUCGUCAGGUUGACGCUAAAUUCUGAAGUAGGUAGUGACCUGUGAUUAAGUUUAGUGGGGGCAAGAUGAAGUGGCAGCUUUCUGUUUGCGCAUUUUUGGUACUUGUGGGUUUUAGUAGUGGUUCAACGAUAAAAUUCGAAGCUUUCAAACCCGCUCAGCUUAGUCACUCAUACCAUGCUACUGUGUUUAGAGACGAAUGUGCAAGCCCUCACUUGACAUGCGUUCCAAAGGAUGAAUGCGUGACGGUUACUCCUGGUGGCCAGCUUGAAGGGAGAAUAUGCCCUGUAAACUUUGGGUUACUUUGGUGGCUACUGCAUGUUUAUACCCACCAAUGAGAAAGUGUACUCUCGCUCGCAAGUACAGGUACAGGACUACUGUGAACUCCUGAAUAGCAGAUCUUUCUAUAUCCAAAGCUCAAGGGAAUGGACUGAGCUGGAGAAUUUGGUCCGGUCAAGGAAAGUGGAUUUGAAGAUAGACAUCUACUAUUGGCUGGAUGCUUACUGGGAAGACAAAACCCGGGAUCGAUGGGAGUGGCGUACCACAGAGGAAGAGAUACAGUGGGAGAAGAUUCUGAAAGGGACCAAGUGUGGUGAAGAAAACUCUUAGAAUUGUGAGUGAGAAGAAAGAUUGUAUGGGGUUCCUCUACAGCUCGUCGAAAGACUGCCUUCUGUUGCACAAGGUGGACUGCUUUAAGAAACAACUGUUCCUUUGCAAACUGGGUGUUCACGACAACAGAUGCAAUGAAAACUCCAAUAACUUAUGCUGUUACUCCUCUUCAUAUGAUUAUUAUGCACAGAAUCUCUUGGGAGGUCCUGGUACUCACAGCUCCUUCGGAGAUGCCAAGGAAGAAUGCUGGAUUAACAUACCAGCUAUUGGGAGCUUGGUGGAGUGUGAUAAAGCGUUGGAUAUAGUGGGCAGGUUUCAGCCCUUCCCAGAGCCUGUGAGGAUUGACACUUCUUACUAUUAUUUCACAACAAACGAUUGUAGAGGGGAUAGGCUGGCUGUGAUUCCCAGUCGUGAAGUGCACAACUUUAUUGUUGGUUACAUGCUCACAGAAGAGAAGACCUUCUCGGACUUCAGGUUUAUAAUUGGCUUAAAGUAUGAUGCUGAUGAUGACAGAUUUACCUGGGAUAAUGGUAAGUUAAUAGACUACUAUAACAAAACUUACUGGGCUGAUGGUCAGCCAAACAAGAGAAGCGGUUUAGGGCCAAAACCAUGUGUUGCCUACAAGAAAACUGGAGUUAAUGCUUUUUCAUGGCACUUAAUCCCAACGCCUGGGUGUGAAGGUGGAGAUGCAGUCAAGGUGUGUGAACUACCAAUUCGAAGCACAAACAUUGUUCCAACACAGCAGAAACUGCAAUGUGGCCAAAGACUCGAAAGAGGUGUUCUUGCAAGAUCAACGUACUAUGACUUCGACUAUAACCAGGCCCAGUAUGGAGAAUUCCCCUGGCAUGUUGCUGUAGUCCAGUCACAAAACUACCACGGUGGAAUAGUGCAGCUUUUCGUCUGUUCUGGUGCUCUGAUUCACAAGCAGUUUGUUCUAACUUCUGCUCACUGUGUGGCUAUAACAAAUACAGAUUUCUCGGCAUCUUUGGGCGAGUGGGAUUUAUCUGAUGAAGCACAUCAUGUCUUUGACACGGAGUUGAUAAAGAUCGUGGACAUCAUAAUCCACCCAGGCUACAAAAUCGGUGCUGGUGAACACAAUGACAUUGCCUUGCUUCGUCUGGAACGUAGUGUCGAUAUUGUCAGCCACCCUCAUAUAGGCUUGGGAUGUGUACCAUCACCGGAGCUCUUCUAUCAGCAUCAGGGACCGUGGGAAUGCUUCACCCUUGGCUGGCCAGAGCAAGCUCUUAAGGAGAGGAGAGUUCUUCAGAGAUUGGAAACUGAUUUGAUACCUAAGAGGAAGUGUCUUGCUUACAUGAAGAACUUGGCCCCUAAUUACUACAAUCCAGCAGCAUUCGGCUAUGGUGCAGCUGAAUAUGGCUAUGACAAGAAGUAUGGCUAUCAUCAUGUGGCUUACAAACAACAUGGUUAUUUCGACUCAAGAAUACCGGACCUGUUCUGCACUGAAACGUAUGGAAGUGAUGAUUGCAUUAGUGACAAUACAGCCAUUCUUGUCUGCCGGAAGCCUAGGUUUGAUUUCGGCAACCCAUUCUCCUCCAAUGAGGAAUACCAUCAGCAAAGGAGUGGUCCCUCGAGGUACGAUUUUGCCAACAGUAGGAUCGUAAACUCCUAUGGCCAGAACAGGUUCGACGCGGACCAGUGGUACGUGAUGGGUCUUCGUCACUCUCUCUCGAGGUGUGGGCACAGGGGGAGGGGAGGUCCUGGUCCGUAUGGCCCUUAUGGGAAGAUAUACACGGAACCCUAUCAGUUGUUCACUCCCGUCAGUGACUACCUUUCGUUUAUUCACUCCCACACAGAUACUGUCCGUGUUUAAUUUGUAGUUGUGUUGUGUAAGGUUUUUAAUAAAUAUUUUAGAAUGUAUAUAUUCUUUUUAAUAAAAGUGGCUUGAAGAUGA